CUCCAAGUCCGCGGGGACGCUGUGGGGGAACCAGGGUGAGGAGGCGGCGGCGGCGGCGACGUGGGCUGCGGCGGGCCCGCGGCGUCGGGCGGUGCGGAUGUCGGGCUGGGCGGACGAGCGCGGCGGCGAAGGCGACGGUCGCAUCUACGUGGGGAACCUUCCGACCGACGUGCGCGAGAAGGACCUGGAGGACCUGUUCUACAAGUACGGCCGCAUUCGCGAGAUCGAGCUCAAGAACCGGCACGGCCUCGUGCCCUUCGCCUUCGUGCGCUUCGAAGACCCCCGAGAUGCUGAGGAUGCAGUUUAUGGAAGGAAUGGUUAUGAUUAUGGCCAGUGUCGGCUUCGUGUGGAGUUCCCCAGGACUUACGGAGGUCGGGGUGGGUGGCCCCGUGGUGGAAGGAAUGGACCUCCAACAAGAAGAUCUGAUUUCCGAGUUCUUGUUUCAGGACUUCCUCCAUCAGGCAGCUGGCAGGACCUGAAGGAUCACAUGCGAGAAGCUGGGGACGUCUGUUAUGCAGAUGUGCAGAAGGAUGGAAUGGGGAUGGUUGAGUAUCUCAGAAAAGAAGACAUGGAAUAUGCCCUGCGUAAACUGGAUGACACCAAAUUUUGCUCUCAUGAGGGUGAAACUUCCUACAUCCGAGUUUAUCCUGAGAGAAGCACCAGCUAUGGCUACUCACGGUCUCGGUCUGGGUCAAGGGGCCGUGACUCUCCAUACCAAAGCAGGGGUUCCCCACACUACUUCUCUCCUUUCAGGCCCUACUGAGACAGGUGAUGGGAAUUUUUUUCUUUAUUUUUUAGGUGAACUGAGCUGCUUUGUGCUCAGAAUCUACAUUCCAGAUUGAAGAUUUAGUGUCUUAAGCAAUUUUUUUAAUUUUUUUUUUUUUUAAUUUUUUUUUUUUUUUUAAGGAAAACUACAUAAUUUCUACCAGGGCCAUAUUGGCAGCAAAACAUUUUAAACUGCAGAAAUUGUGGUUUUGGUUCAGAAACAAGUUGUAUAUUUUUCACCCCUGAUUAUGGGGAAAAAAAAAAAAAUCAGUGCUGUGUCUGUGGGUUGCUCUGCUAUGGAGAUCAGCAGUUACUGUGACUGAGUCGGCCCAUUCUGUUUAGAAAUAUAUUUUAAACGUUUAGUAAUUGACAUGUGUGCUUGUCCUUGAUUAAGUUCAUAGAUUUCACCAAACAAAAACAACAACACUGAGUUGUAGUAGUAACUAGUACCCAAUUGGUAAAAAGCAUGAGUGGAUAACUUUAUUUGGGGAUAAAGAUAA